UAUUGAGAGUUCCGAACACCCCAUGUUAGUUCGUUAUUUCGACGGCGCGUGGAGCUGGCACGUUAGGCGGCGCAAAGCGAGCAGAGUUUCGUCGUGACACCACCGGAUAGCACCGGACAGGACGAUCGCGAUUCGGUGCGAUUCGAAGCAAAUUCGAAGUAAGCAGUUCCGUCUCGGUUGCUGAGCGAAGUCGCGUCACGCCGCGUUUCUCCGUGAAGAUGGCAGGAUUUACGGAGAGUGCACUGGUAAAGAAGCUGAUGGACCUCAACCCGUCCCAGCAGAGCAUCCAGACGCUCUCCCUGUGGCUGAUACAUCACAGAAAGCACCAUCCCACGAUUGUUAAGGUCUGGUUCAAGGAGAUGUGCAAAGUGAAGGAUAAUCGUAAGCUGAUGUUCAUGUAUCUGGCGAACGACGUCAUUCAAAACAGCAAGAAGAAGGGGCCAGAGUUUGGGAAGGAGUUCGAGACCGUUCUGCCAAAGGCGUUUGAACACAUGAAGGGCUUCGACGAGAAAACCAGGGAACGGUUAAGCAGGUUACUGCAGAUCUGGGAAGAGAGAGGAGUUUACGACAGGGCACAAAUUUCCGAGUUUAAGGCAGCCUUUGCGACCGCUCCCGAUGCGACCAAGGAACCUGGCACUCCGCCACCUAGAAAGAAAGCUAAAACGGAAGUGGAAAAGAAGGAGAAAAAGGAGAGGAAGAAGUCGGAGACCGAAGUAGAAGUGGACGGUACCAAAGAGCUUCACGUUACCCUCAGUCCGAGAACGCCUGCGGGGGACCCGCCGGAGACGGAGGAGCUUAUUAAGGCUUUAAUGGUUAAUUCCGUUUCUCCAGCAGAGAACGAUAAUACGGAAUAUGUACCGACUCCAAUAAAGUGUCUUGAUGACUUGGAGAAUACGGCAUCCUCCGAUGCAGGAGUGAGAGAGCGCAUUGCUUCGCUACCCCCGGAGGUCUCCGAAGUCUCUCUGCUAGCCAACCUGGCCGAUCGAGCCGCCGCGGAUCAGCUGAGCAUCGCGGUCAACGAGGCAGCUGCUUUACUGGCAGACUAUAACGGCAGGUUGCAAGCCGAGAUGGAAGACCGAAGAAGGCUCCUGACGAUGCUCAGGGACUAUACCCUUGCGCAGAAGCAACUUCUUCAGCAAGCUCAGUCUACGCUAGAGGAUUACAAGGAGAAGCUGAAAAAGGUCUGUACGGUACGGACGGAGGUGAAGUCCCACAUCUCGAACCUUCCCGACUUGACCCAACUUCCUGACGUUACCGGAGGCUUGGCGCCGUUACCUUCCGCUGGGGAUUUAUUUUCCAUGCACUAGUAUCUCCCGAGGAGCUCGAGCUUCUAUUCUUGAGGUUCCCCCUCGAGGGGCACGCCCGUUCCCCGUGGGACUUCAGUGCCUGGCGUGGAAAUCGUCCUCGUAGACUGGUACCUUGGUGGAUGCACACUGGACGAAAAGCGCCUCCGACGCGAAGAGAUCCCAAAAAGGGUCGAUUCGGACGUUCUGCCACUCUGCCUUCUACUAGAUACCGAAGAAGAGCUGGAAUCCCGGUCAACGAGGCCCGGGGACGAGGGAUGAGUGUUCUUGGUACUCGCGGGUAGAUUUAAUUAAUCCUAUUGACGAAAUCUUCUAAAUUAGGGUAUUUACCUUACCUUCCCUAGACGGGAGGACAGCUUUCUGGGGAGUCGCUUCGUGGUGGACGGUCCCGUCGGAGCGUCCUCGGGUCUUUCCUUUUAUUUAAGACAUCACGGAACGUGAUUCGAUUACCGUUUUAAAUUGGAUUAUAAUCCGGAAUUUAAGCGAUCUCUCCGCUGAUUAUAGACACGUCGGACGAUUGCGAUGACAUAUCGGUUUGUAGGGAAUGUUCCACGGGGUAAUCAUGAGACUCGGUAAAAGUUACUGGAUUGGAAUUGAAAUUAGGUUACGUUCAUGGCGUUGGUGUUUCCGGUGUUUCCGGUGUUUCCAGAAGAAAUUCGGGCCGAGUUUUAUAGCAUUGUGCUAAUGAUUCAAGCUUGAUUUUUAGGCGGGCCGACGUAUUUGAUUCGUUCUCCUCAAGUUUGGUUGAGACUUGCGCGGAUAUUUUGGGUACCGGUUAGAGACCGUUUCCUGGGAACUCUAUUAUGUUAUGCACAUUGCAUGUGCAUGACCGGAGAGGGCGAGUUGCGAGUUGUUAGUUGGUCCUCUCACCGUUUGAUGACAUUGAUGAUGGUUUUUGAAGUUUGCACGAAACGGCGUAAGCAUCGUUGCCCUUUGUACAUACACACGGAUUUCGAAUUGAGCCUUUGAUUCUUCGGCGACGACGUUACAGCUCAUUAAGUCUUGAAUACCAAUAAUUAACGUCAGGAGUAUAUUAUCGUUGUACAUGUAUUAUUUUACGGAAGAAAGCGCGAGACUAUGUAUCGCUUUAAAUUAUAACAUUGUGGAGACUAUACGAAUAAAUGUUUUCAACGUUAA